AAAACGAUGAUAUUUUAAUUCACAUUUUUCGCAUAUUAGAUAUCGAUGAUCAAAUUCGUUUUUCCAAGGUCUGCCAAGCGUUAAGGAAUAUCUUUGAAUUGUACAUUUUCACCAAAGAAGACUACAGCUCUCUGACGGUGAAUGCCAAUCAUGACUACUAUGUGGUCAAUAAUGAGAGCGAAUGCAAUCGCUUGGUGUUGAAACGUAAAGAGCUGAACGAAUUUCUAGACUACCAUCACUCCAGGGUGCGACCCUUUACUAAGCGAAAUGGUUCGAUUCCCUAUAUACGGCCCUUUUGCAAUUUGACCCAACUUCACUACAGUUUCAUGAAGGUCACUCAGGAGCAUUUGAAAGCCUUGGCCAGAUUUCCCAAUAUAGCUCCACAAUUGGAGCAGCUUGUAGUCGACUGCUGCUUGGAUGAGUAUGGACACGACAUAAUGAUUGGCAGCAAUUGGAAUGCCGACUCUUUGAUGCCUAUAAAAAAUUGCGUAUUUUGGAGGUCAAUAUGCCACACGUUAAAGCGAAUUGGAUACGACUUAGUUAUAAGGAUUUUUGCAAACUAGUUACUAAACAGAAUCUGGAAUACCUCCUACUUAGAUGCAUUGUUCAGCCUAGGAAACAAGGACGCAAACAAUACCCCAUCCCAACUACAACCCUGACAGAGCUGAAUAUUGGCAUAAACUUCGGUUCAAACGACGAUCUUAUUCCUUAUUGGGCAAUGCUGGAACAUUUGGUGACGCUCACGCUAAUUGUCGAUGGCUACGUAACCCAGAAAAUGCUUAACGACAUUGCCACCAUAUGUGUCAACUUGGAGGGGCUACAUUUCCAAACCUCUUCUUUUGAAGAAAUUAAGACCUUCGUUGUUCCUGCCAAAGUAAAAACAUUUUUCUUAUAUCGCUGCAAUUACCUGACGCCAGAAAAUUUCCAACAAAUCCUCUCAACAGCUCAUUUGGUCAAAUUAUCCAUAACUGAAACUCAAGUGAAUGUCAUGGAAAACCAAGGCCUGUCACCAAGCAUAGAACAUUUGGAUAUUAACGUUGACCUAUGGAACUCGGACUUGAUAUUGGCUUUAUGUGGCAGUGAAAAUUUGAAUUAUUUAUACUGGAAUGCUCCAGGCUUCGACCGACAUGUUGCAGCGAAUGAGGCUGCCUUGAAAAGAUGUAGCAGCUUAGAAGUACUGGACUUGAAAAUGGGCACCUUGUCCUUGGACACCCUUUCACAUUUGCAAUGCCUUACUAAAUUGACUCUACCACCCUCGAUGCCUACGUUGUCAUGGUCCCUCAUCGUAGGUGUUCUCAAACAUCCAAAUCUAAAAGAAUUCGCCUUAAAUAAACACUGCACAGCUCGAGAUCUAAUAAAUGAUGCUGAAAUACCGAGGAGGGGGUUUCCCUUGGGUCUUAGCACCAUAAGAAUAACCUUGGACAUUUUCUGUAUGGCAUUGGACUUUUGGUUUGAUUUAUUUAACCAGAAUCCUCACCUACAAUUGGGUGUCUAUAACUUUCGAGGAAAUCCAGAACGCGUGCGAAUGAUUAUAAACCAUGAGAAGUUUCCCAAAUCCCUGAGAACUUUGGAUAUUUGUCAUUUUAUUAUAAAAUGCCGGGCUUUGAGACAAAAUGUGGAGGCUACCAUGGCAAAGCUAAAACAAGACAUUGCCCAUUUCAAAUAUCAAAACAAUGAAUACAUGUACCGGAUAAUAUUUGAUAGAAAUUUAGGCCAAACACAAUAACAAA